AUGCAAAACCAUGAAGAGGAGCUGAGGAUUCCCAAGAAUUUUGUCGACAAAUAUUGGAAAGGGAUAUCAAAUCCAGUAGUCCUUAGCCUCCCAAAUGGUGCUCAACAGAAAAUAUUUUGGGUGAAGUGUGGUGGUAAUAUUUGGUUUCAAAAGAAUUGGGAAAAAUUUGCAAAGUUUUUAAAAGUUGGAUAUGCUGUAGUUUUUAAAUAUAUAGGAGGAUCAUAUUUUAAGGUCAAGAUAUUUGGUGUCAAUACAUUGGAAAUUGACUAUUCAAAUAUAAAAUUCAUAGAAGAUGAAAUUUGUGAAGGUAGAGAAGUUGUUGAAGUGAAUGAUGAUAGUGAUAAGAGUCAUGAAAUAUUUGUUGAAGUGAGUGAUGAAAGUGACACACCUACACAAACUCAAAGGACAAAAAAUGGCAAGAGGAAAAUGAAUGUAGAUUUUGAUGCAACCCAGCAAAAAAUCUUAUGUACCAACAAAGGAGACAUGGUUAAGAAGGCUAAAGACAGGCCAUUAACCGAAACUGUCAAUGAGAGAGCCAACAGGGAGAAUCCAUGGUUUCAACUUAAAUUGUCACCAUGUUAUGCCCAUGGUACUUUCAUGAAAAUACCAAGUGAGUUUUCAAGGGAAUACUUGAACAAAUUUAAAGGAACUGCAACCAUAAGUGUUGGUAGGGAUGUGGCUAUGAAAGUGAAGAUGAAGUUUGAUAAUAUUUAUAGAAGAUCUAUUAUAACUACUGGUUGGAAUUUAUUUAACCAAAGAUAUAACUUGCAAGCUAAUGAUAUAUGCUACUUUGAGAUGACUCAACUCCAACCACCUUCAUUCUCUAUUACUAUUUUUCGAGCAAUAGAGAACUCAAGCCCUAAGAAGUUGCAAGGUUACAAAAAAGGAAUAUUUUCUUGUGAUAAUAAUAGUGCAAAGGGAAAGGGCAAUGUUGAAGGAACUUCUAGGAGCUCUCAAAAAAUACAUGUUCUCGAGAAUUCAGAAGAUCAUAAUGUGGUGAAACCUAAGACAUUCAAGCUUCUUGUGAAUGACUCAUACCCGAACAUACCAAAUGAGUUUUUUAAUAGACAUAUUGAUUGUCAUGGAAAAUUUGUGGAGAUUAAAGUGGAUGAAAAGUCAUGGUUUGUAAAAGUGAACUAUUAUCCAAGAGGUAGUAGAUUUUGUUCAGGUUGGAGAAAAUUUAUGGAAGAUUGCAAAUUGGAGAAUGGAGACACUUGUGUCUUUGAGUUGAUUGAUGACAAAAAAUUUGUGUUUGUAGUUUCAAUUGUAAGAAAGAAAGAGAAGCCAAGUGGUAUUUGAUUUGUUGCUUCAAGGUACUAACUAGUUGUCACUUUGAGUUGAUUGAUGAAGAAAAAUUUGUGUUUAAAGUUACAUUUGUAAGGAAAAAUCCAUGAAAUGUUUAAUGUGUUGUUCUUUGAAGGUACUUCAAACUAUAUGUUUAGUAGAACAUUUAUUUGUGUUGUUCUUUCAAGUCUUAGAUGUUUAGCACAACAAUUUUUGCUUUGUUAAAUUAGUGUUCA